CGCUCCGGGCCAAAAUGGGCCGCUUCCGGCGGCGGGGAGAUGGCGGAUGAGGCGGCGCGGCGGGCGGUGGCGGAGCUGCCGCUGCUGCGGACGGCGGCGGGGCCGCGGGACCGGGAGAGCUGGGCGUCGCGGCUGAAGGAGGAGUACCGCGCCCUCAUCCAGUACGUGGAGAACAACAAACGCGCCGACAACGACUGGUUCCGCCUGGAGUCCAACGCCGAGGGCACCCGGUGGUUCGGGAAGUGCUGGUACGUCCACGAGCUGCUCAAGUACGAGUUCGCCAUCGAGUUUGACGGGGGGCAAGAUCUGCCUCAGCGACCACUUCAAGCCCCUCUGGGCCAGGAACGUCCCCAAAUUUGGCUUGGCCCAUCUGAUGGCGCUGGGGCUGGGCCCCUGGCUGGCUGUGGAGAUCCCCGACCUCAUCGCCAAAGGCAUCAUCCAGCACAAGGAGAAGUGAGGGGUGGCGGGGGGGGGUGGGGGUGUGCAGCCCCCCGGGAGGUGCUGCCCCCCCCCCACCUCCCCCCAGCUGCUUCCCCCUGCCCCCCUGCCGCUUCACUGCUUCUCCCCAAUAAAAUCUUCGGCCCCGGCCUUGCGCCCACCUGCUGCUCUGGGGGGUCCUGCUGGGGGGAUGCCCCUCGGCCCGCCUCCCCCAGCCUUCGGGGGUUCGGCCGCCCUACAUUAACACUUUAUCGGAGGACGCUGCCGCUUUAAGAAGACUGGGUGCGG